CUCUCGAAUUCAGUGUUUGACCUUGUGCACAAACAUCCAUCUUCUCUACAGUGCUCAGCCCUACAGUUUAUCAUUUUAGAACUGAAGAUGCUAUUGCUAGUGUAAUUCCACAUCAGAACACACAGUGGAAUAUUUCGCUCUCUCCACACCAUACACACACUCACGUAGUCCACCACAAAUCUUUGGCCUUUGCAAAGAGCCAAAGACAUUGUCCUUUUUUCUAAUUUUUAAUUCAUUUUUGUCGAUUUGCGUUUUUCUACUUCACCCCAUUCAUUCAGCCCUUUCCCCUAUCACAAAGAUCCGCCAAAUUCUCAAGAGGGUUUCCGAUUCGACAUGGCUGUGAUGGAAGAUAUUGGAGUUGAUAUGAGUUCGGAUAUUGAAAUUGAUGAGAUAAGGGGUCAGGGAUUAAUAGAGGAGAAAGAUGUGAGUGAUGAAGAGAUUGAUGCUGAGGAAUUGGAGAAGAGAAUGUGGAAGGAUCGUGUGAGGCUGAAGAGGAUCAAGGAGAGACAGAAGCUUGCAGAGAAGCAUAAGGCUAUAUCGUCGACUACAGACCAGGCGCGUCGGAAGAAGAUGGCCCGAGCACAGGAUGGCAUCUUGAAGUACAUGCUCAAGCUCAUGGAUGUCUGCAAGGCUCGCGGGUUUGUGUAUGGCAUCAUCCCUGAGAAGGGUAAGCCUGUUAGUGGUGCAUCGGAUAAUAUACGAGAAUGGUGGAAGGAGAAAGUGAAGUUCGACAGAAAUGGCCCAGCGGCUAUUGCUAAGUACGAGGUCGAAUGCCUCUCUAGAGAGGAUGGGGUAGGUAGUCGCAAGGGGAAUUCACAGUGUGUACUUCAAGACUUGCAAGAUGCUACGUUGGGGUCACUUCUGUCGUCGUUGAUGCAACACUGUGAUCCGCCUCAGCGGAAGUAUCCGUUGGAGAAGGGCGUCCCGCCACCAUGGUGGCCGACAGGAGAUGAGGGAUGGUGGACGAGCCUGAGUUUACCAAGGGGUGUGACUCCUCCGUAUAAAAAGCCACAUGAUCUGAAGAAAAUGUGGAAAGUUGGGGUGCUAACUGCUGCGAUAAAGCAUAUGUCACCGGAUAUUGCAAAGGUUAGGAGACUAAUUAGGCAGUCGAAGUGUUUACAGGAUAAGAUGACUGCUAAAGAAAGCUCGAUAUGGCUGGGAGUUUUGAGCAUGGAGGAAGCUCUUAUUCGGCAGCCAAGCAGUGAGAAUGGUUCAUCUGGUAUUACCGAGAUACGUUUGAAAGGUCGUGGAGGUAAGAAGAGACUUUCAGUAGAGAGCGAUAGUGAUUAUGAUGUUGAUGGUGUCGGUAAUGGCCUUGGAUCUGUUUCAUCUAAAGAUGAUGGAAACCAGUGUAUGGAUAUAGUACCUGUUGAAACUCAGGUUCGUGCGGAUGGAAUAUUAGUCAAAAAUAAAAAGCAUGUCGUUGGUCGCCCAAGGAAAAGAAAAUUCCCAAAAUCAAGCACUGAUAACCUUCAGGAUGCUCCUCUCGACAAAAAUCAACAUGGUGUUCAUGAGGACCUUGUGAUUCUUGUGAAUAAUGACAACACACACUUUAAUGGAUUCGCGACCGUUGAGAGCCAGCCCGAGUCAGAUGGAUUAACUACUCUUGUACCUCACGAGAACGAUGUGGAAAGACAAACUUGCACAGUCGAGCCUAACGUAAACUACCUUCGCCUGUUGCCUUCUUCAAAUUCUGACCCAAUUAGGUCUCUGAUCCCGGAGACAGAACAGUUUCCAUAUACGAUUGAUCAAAGUGGUGACCUAAUGGGGCAGGGUAUCCAUGUGAUUCAUGCUCCUCAAGAUACUCAAUUGCAUAAUAAGCCUCAGUUUCUCCAAUCACAUGACGGAAGACAAAGUUCCGUGUUAAGCCAAGAUUCAACUCUUCCCGAGGGAUCUCAAACUCAUAGCCCCCGUCAUGGGUUAACUUAUCAUCAGCAUUUCUAUAACCCAACGCCUGCAGCUGUUUCAAGCCAUCAAGAGGCAUCAUUCAUUGACACGCGGUAUAAAGCAGAGGAUUCCGGACUCCAUUUACCUAGAAAUGGAAAUGAUAUUGCUGGAGGAGGUUUCCCAGAAUUUGUGAAGGAUGCAUUCCCACAUGAGCCAGAAAGGAACGCGGGUGCACAGUUUCCAUCUCCUCUAGUCAGUUUGACACCCGAGUUACCAGCAUACAGUCCCUUCAGUCUCCAGUUUGAUGGCACGAGUUCCUUAGACACGGGCGACUUUGAGUUUGGUAUUGAUGUGGAUACAGUCGAUGACAGUAAUCUUGCUGAACUGAUGAAGUACUUCGCCUCAUAAGCUGUCGCGCACAGGUAUCAGUUAAUGUGUUUCAGUGCUGAGUGUACAUAUGUUCUGAUCAUGUACAUAUAUUCUAUUUGAAAUAUCAACUCUGGAGAUUCAAUAAAAUAUCUCAACUGAUGAAAUCACAUUCUUGAAA